UUCCAUUUCCUCACCAGUUAAUCCGAAAACGGCGACAAGAGCAACCACUUCAACUUGCUUUUUUGCUCUACAAAGCACAUAACAGUUGAAGAGCACAUUUACGCUGACAGUAAAUUCGGCUUGCAGCGAAGAACAAUGUGCGGCGACUCGUGCAGUGAGUGCUGCUCCGGCAGCGCGCUCUUCGUCUUCAAUGGCGUGGACCUGCUGUUCGGUGUGGCACUCACCGUCUACAGCCUCUACAUCGGGUUAAACCACUAUGCUCCUGAAUGGCUUUACGGGCCAAUUCUGGCCGUGGGGGCUCUGCUCAUUCUGUCGGCGCUAAUGAGCUGGUGUGGAGCAUCUAAUCGGAGCUGCUCGGUGUGUCUCUCGUGCUCGUCAUACCUGCUUAUCCUCCUCGCAUUGGCCGAACUGGUGCUGGCUGUGGUGAUCCUGACCCAAGGAUCCACUAUUGAUCGAUUCCUGCGGGAACAUCAACAAGAACUCAAGAUCACAGAUGAGCAAUUGCGUCGACUUGAAGAGGACAAAUUCAUUCCGGCUUACGGACUGUUGACGCUGUUCGUAAUGGAAGUACUGAGAUUCUGCUGUAGUAGUGAACUCCAUCGUGCACGGCGUCACAGAAAAUACCACUACCAACAGUUAAAUACACUUCGGGAUUUGGACGAGGAGUUGCUGGCGGUCAAGAAGGAGAAGGACAUUUCAAGCAAAUACGCGUCACUCAAGGACAAGUACAAAAAGAAAUACGUGACUCCCGAGGCUGUACCCGUGAACGAGAAUUCGAGGGAGGCCGACCCGUUUUACGUGUGAAGCUGGAAGAUAGGUGAUCUUUCAAGAUGAAAAAGGUCUAUAUUAUUUGUAUAGGAUAGUAUAUAAGACGGCGUCAGCCUCACUACAGCGAGACUUUGAGCCGAUGUGCGAUCGAUCUAAGCGCGAGAUGAAGCUCGUCGUAUCGUUGAUCACAUUCAAUGGAGCUCGUAGCCAUUUGCUGAACAACCUGAUCGAAUUUCUCUUGUUGGUCGGCUUCAAUAGCUUUCACCUCGUUACUCAACGCUCGGACCUCUCGCGAACAGAUCUCCAUGCCUUCAUCGACUGCACAUCGGAUACGAGUAUGAUUUUUCAGUAGAUUGUCAACCGCAUUUUUUGUACGAUGUUCUUGUGAUGCAACAGCAUCGGAUAGUGUAUCCAAUCGUUGAGAAAGCUGCGUUUUGUCCAGUUUUCCUUGUCGGUCA